AAAGUAGCACAAUAAAAUAUUGACACUACGGUCAAUCCUAUAAGUACUCGUACCUUUUAUGUCUAUCGAAGACAUUUGUCUAAAUUAAUUGAUAGGUUUGAUGUUUCCAAAUUAAUUCUUUAUUAUAAAUAUGUACAUGUGUGAAGUCUAUUUAUGUACGUAUUUAUAAUGAAUCCCUCGUGUAAUGGUUACUUCAUCAUUAACUUAGAUUAGCGAGUUAGGUCUCCCGAGUUCUCACCUUUUCAUUCAUAAAUUACCCAACUCGGCACAAAUAUGCAAACGUCUAAUCACACAUUUUCGCCAAUUAGUAUCAUUUCUGUACUCGUAUAAAGACUCGAAGACUGUUCGACGACUAAGAGCGCCGAGGAAACGCCGGUCUAAUCUCCUCUAGCUGAGAUCCACGCGAGGCCCACUCUUAUCGGAAACGUGUGAAUCAGGAAUCCGUGUUCCAGCGAUCCACGAAGGCUUCGAUCCGUGACGACGGGUCUCCGUGGAUCCCGAAGACGGCCGAAUAUAUUUGGAUUUCGAAGUUUUCAAGGGUUUUCUUUCCGUUAAAAAAAAAAAAUAUGUUUAAAUAUUCAAUUUGAAAAAUUGUAUUUUGGCCACGAAAUACCGCUCUCCAGACCACCGUGGCGACGGGAGCGCAUCUUCUACCGAUUUCCCACUCUCCCUCCCCCCUAGCGGUCGUUCCGAGACGAUGUCCAGUCGUGAGCGUGGCCGCGCGCACGGAGAGGGCUCGUUCGGGACCACGGGCCCGCUCUCGGGCCCCAAAGGAGAGGAGAGAAACGGAGGACCAGCGACGCGAGCGUGCGAAGGCGCGUCAACGGGAGAGACGAGCGCGCGACAGAGAAACACGGUGACGACUCGGCCAGGUGGAGGAGAGCCAAUAGCUCUCCACGGGUUGUAACCCAGCGGCUGGGAGGGGGCAGAGGGGGGCCCACGGGUCGGUGGGGGCCAUCAAAAUUUCAAAAACGUACGCGGGCUCCUUUCGCGACGAGGAUAAAAGGCAGCAAUCGUGAUUCUUUCGGUCAGUGUCGAUACGAUCGCCGCAGUUGUUCGAGUUCACGGUGCGCAAGGCCGAUUCCGUUCGAAGGGAGUCCGCGAGAAAGUCGAGAGAGUACAUCACCAUACCGUUGGCCCCCCCCCCCCCCCCCACACUUUUCGUUGGUGUAACAGAAACGAAGAUGUUCAAGUACGUGGUAUUAGCUGCGCUCCUCGCCGGGUCCGUUCUCGCCGCCCCCGCGUCCCAGGAUCCGUCCGUCCAGCCCUCGAUCCUCGAGGAGGCACUGGACGUCUACGCGUCGUGCUCCAGCGAGGAGAGUCUCGCGGUGUGCUUGAAACUGAAGGCCCUCCGCUUCGUGGACAGGGCGGCACGGUCGGCGGACAUCGACGUCGUCGACGGGUUCAAGAUCGUGCAGACUGACGAGGCUAAGAGCAGUCGAGCUGACAACGCCAGGUCGUUAAACGACAUCGAAAGUAGCCUGCCAACCGAGGUCGAGGCCAAGGAGGCUGCCAUCAACGAUGCCCUCCUCGACAGGACCGCCAAGUUCCUUUCUACCCAUACCGUGGAGUUGAGUCUCCCCGAAGAAGUCUCGCGAUCGUUCGAAGAAGCCCGUGGCAAAAAGAAGAAGAUAGUGAAAUCCCUGCUUCCGAUCCUCCUGCUGCUGAAGCUGAAAGCCGCCGCCCUCAUCCCCAUCGCUCUCGGCGCCUUGGCCCUCCUAGCCCUGAAGGCUCUCGUAAUCGGCAAGAUCGCGCUGGUGAUCAGCGCCAUCAUCGCCCUGCAGAAGCUCUUCGCCAACAAGCACCAGAGCUACGAGGUCGUCGCCCACCCUGUCCACUCUUACGGCCAUGAAGAACACCACGAUCACCACGGCUGGGCGAGGUCUGCCGGCUCUGACCUCGCGUACAACGCGUACAAGCCGUCCGAAUAA